AUGAAAAAUGAAGAUUCUACAUAUAAAGAAGAUAAGUAUUCAAAAUAUUCAAAAGAGAAUAUAGAAAAAAUAUGUCCUAGUCCAUAUGUAGGACCUAAUAUAUCUAACACAGUUGAAUCCGUUUAUUUUGUUAAUUAUAGAGCUGUUGUAGUAAAAACAAAGAAUUAUUAUGUUACUCAAAACUCUUAUAUGCUUUUUGGUGAUGUCUUUAAAAUAUAUAAUUUAAAAGGAGAAAUAAAAAAAAUACAUGCAUUUUUUCCAGGAGAUGAAAAUAAUUUAUCAGAUACAUUAAUAAUGUUAAAAACUACAAUCGUUGCUGUUACUACAUCUAAAGGAGAAGCUUUGCGUUUGGCUGAUGAAAUUAAUAUGACAUGUAAAAUAUGUCAUAAGAAAAGAAAAGCAACCAAAUUUUCUAUAGAAGGAUUUCUAAGAAAGGUUAGAUGUGACACAUGUAGAGUUAAACCACGAAGUGCUAUUUGUAAAAAUAUAAACAACAAUAAAAAUAUAAAUAACAAUAAAAAAAUAAACAACCCAAAAAAUCACACUAAUAAUAUAAACAAUAAUAUAAAUGAUAAUAAUAUAAAUAAUAAAAAUAACGAUUCAGUAAGACAAGAUCAAAAUGAAAUACAAAGUAAUCAAAAUAAACAUCUUACAAAAAAUAAAAUUAUUAAAUAUGAAAAUAUGGAUGAACAAAAUAUAAAAAAUGAAAAAGUUAAAAAUAGUAAUAUCAAAAAGGUUAAUACAAAAGGUUGUAAUAUCACAAAUAAUAAGACAAAAAGGAUUGAUAAUAAUAUAAAAAAUGAUAUAAACAAUAAUUAUAUAAACAAUAAUUAUAUAAACAAUAAUUUUAUUGACAAUAAUUAUAUGGAAAAUAAUUAUAUUGACAAUAAUUAUAUUGACAAUAAUUAUAUUGAUAAUAAUUAUAUUGAAAAUAAUUAUAUUGAAAAUAAUUAUGCUGACAAUAAUUUUAGUGACAAUAAUAUUAUUGACAAUACAGAUAAAAUACAAUCUCAUAAUUAUAAACAUACAAAUUCUAAUUCAAUGAUUAAAUAUAUUAAUAAUAAUUACUCAGCUAGCCAAAAUCAAAUUUUUUUUCCAGAGGAAGAAAACAGGAAUCAUUUUAUAGAGAAUGAUUCCAAUAAGAGAGAUGAAAUCAUUUCAAUGAUAAUAGAACUUAUAAAAUAUAUCUCCUGCAUGCAAAAGGCAUUAAUAAAAGCAUCUGAAGGGAAUUUCUUAAUUGAGAAUCCAGAUGUCAAUGUAGAAAAUGUAUCCAAAUUGAUACAGUCGGCUCAACAAUUAUGUAAAAAAUUAUUGAAUCAAAAUAAUAUAGAAGGAGACAAUGCAAAUAAUAAUUUAUAUGUACCUUCUAUGUUUCUUCCUCAUAAUAAUGAAAAAGGAAAUACAAUAAAAAAUGAUGAAAAUAUAGAUAACAUGAAUCAUAAUAUAAAUAAUAUAAAUAAUAAUAAUUAUAAUAUUAAUUAUAAUAAUAUGAAUAAUAUAAAUCCGAACCAACUAAAAAUUAAAUACACAAAAAUGUAUCAAGCCAAAGUUAAUAAUAUAACCAGAACUAGCAAUAUAAAUAUAAAUAAUAAUAAUAAUAAUAAUAAUAGUGGAAGUGCCGAUAUGUUUUAUAAUAUGAACAAUCAAAAUGAUAUCAGUACUACAAACACUCACAUAAUGAAUCAUUCUUAUAUUAAUAGAAAUGAUCAAAAUAGAAAUAAUAAUAUGAAUAAUGAUACAGAUAGCAAUAUAUAUGUAAAUCAUAAAAAUAAUGAAAGUAAUAUUAUUAAUAGUAUCAACAAUAUGAGCAUAAUGAAUAAUAUAAACAAUAUAAAUAAUAUAAAUAAUAUAAAUAAUAUAAAAAAUAUAAAUAAUAUUAAUAAUAUUAAUAGUAUGAAUAAUAUGAAUAAUAUGAAUAAUAUGAAUAAUAUAAAUAAUAUGAAUAGCACCAAUAAUAUGCUUAACAAUAAAAGUGAAAGAUAUAAAUAUAAUAUAGACAACGAAUAUUCCAAGAAUAUACAAAAUAAUCAAUCAUAUGUAAUACCAUAUUAUUAUAAUAAUCGUCAUAAUAUAAAUUAUUCUACAUCUUUAGAUACUUCAACAAAUGAACAAAAAAAUAAAUCAUAUAUAAAGGAUAAUAAAGAAUAUAUGUAUGAAAACAAUAAACAGGAUGAACAAGAAGAAAAAAAUCACUAUCAUGAUCAACAAGGAAAACAACAACAACAUAAUAUAAGUCAUACAAAAAAUAAUUUUUACAACAAUAAACAACAAUUCUUAUUUUCAACCUUGUCAAAACAAUAUAAUACUAAUGUCAAUAUUUCGUUUGCAAAUAUAAACAAUUCAUUAUCUAAUAUUUGUAAGAGUGUCUCUAAAAAUUAUAAUCUCAAAGAUACUGUUUUAAAUAUAGAAAAGUAA